UCGGUGAACCUAGGCUCCAGCUUCCAAAAUGUGGCAGCCCUUGGCCACUCUCAGCUGCCUGGACGUGCUGGCCAGUGCCCGGAGCAGGUCGUAUUUCCAGCCGCUGUCGGAUGAGCUGCUCAACUAUGUUAACAAACGUAACACUACGUGGAAGGCCGGACACAACUUCCGCAACGUGGACCCGAGCUACGUGAAGAGGCUGUGUGGCACCUUCCUGGGUGGGCGCCAGCUGCCCCAGAGAGUUUGGUUUGCUGAGGACAUGGUUCUGCCUGAACACUUCGAUGCCCGGGAACAGCGGCCAAACUACCCGGCCAUCAAGGAGAUCAGAGACCAGGGUUCCUGUGGCUCCUGCUGGGCAUUUGGAGCUGUGGAAACCAUUUCUGUCCGGAUCUGCGUCCGCACCACUGGGCAUGUCAGUGUGGAGGUGUCUGCCGAGGACCUGCUCGCCUGCUGUGGUGGCCAGUGUGGGGACGGCUGUAAUGGGGGCUUUCCUGCUGCAGCGUGUAACUUCUGGACAAAACAAGGCCUGGUUUCCGGUGGCGUCUAUGACUCCCAUGUGGGUUGCAGACCCUACUCCAUUUCUCGCUGUGAGCACCACGUGAAUGGCUCCCGGCCCCCAUGCAAGGGGGAGUGGGGGGACACCCCCAAGUGCAGCAAGAUCUGCGAGCCUGGCUACAGCCCAUCCUACAAAGAAGACAAACACUACGGAUGCAGUUCCUACAGCGUCCCCAGCAGCGAGAAGAUCAUAGCAGAGAUCUUCAAGAACGGCCCGGUGGAGGCGGCCUUCUCUGUGUAUUCGGACUUGCUGCUGUACAAGUCUGAAGUGUACUAACACGUCACUGGAGAAAUGAUGGGAGGCCAUGCCGUCCGCAUCCUGGGCUGGGGAGUGGAGGAUGGCAACCCCUACUGGCUGGUUGGCAACUCCUGGAACACUGAGUGGGGUGACAAUGGCUUCUUUAAAAUCCUCAGAGGCCAGGAUCACUGUGGAAUUGAAUCGGAAAUCGUGCCUGGAAUCCCAUGCGCUGAUCAGUACUGGAAGAGGAUCUAA